AUGGGCUGCCGCCCUAUUUCUAGCCGGCUUAUUACCAUCCGCCUCAGGGCAGUCCCAUUCAACAUCACUAUCAUUCAGGCAUAUGCCCCGACGUCAGACUAUGAUGAACAGGCUGUGGGGGGCUUCUACGACCAGAUACAAGAAGUGAUAGACCAGACCCCUAAAAAAGACAUCAUCGUUGUACAAGGGGACUGGAAUUCAAAAGUAGGAAAUGAUGCAUACAAGAACUGGAAAGGAACAUGCGGACAAUACUGCAACUCAGAGUCAAAUGAAAAAGGUCUAAGGCUCCUGGAAUUUGCCAGCUAUAACAACCUAGUGCUGACAGACACGUUUGGUCAAUACAAAGCAUCACGGAGAUGGACAUGGCACAGUCCAAGUGGAGAACAUCACGACCAGAUUGACUACAUCACGGAGAUGGACAUGGCACAGUCCAAGUGGAGAACAUCACUACCAGGUUGA